AUGAUUCUCCCGCUUCUGCCAGAAGUUUUCAACCACUGCAUCCAAUCUGGUCCCAAGCAGUUUCCAUCGCUGCCUCGUCGUGCCCCUUCUGAACAAGGACUCACCGUUCCUUGCCUCUCCAAGAAGCUCACAACCGGACUUGCCGUUCCUGCCCAGCGCUCACAAACCCUCCGCGCCCACAGCAAGCGGAAAGCCGAGUCCACCGACGCGUCUGCGACUGAGGGUCCUUCCGCGAAGCACUCCUGCCCCAGCCGCCUCUCAACGUCCUCCGCGAAUUUCUCCGUCUUCGACAUUCCCACAGGCCACCUUCUUGAUCAUUUCACGCUCGAACCCACCGUCCUGGGCGCCGGCCAAUACGGUACCGUCCGUCAGUGCGCCGACAGAUUAACCGGCCAGCGGUUUGCGUGCAAGACGAUCCAAAAGAGCCGGUUGGUAACGGAUGCGGCUCGCACUGAAGUCCGACGCGAGGUCGCUCUCAUGUCCCGCGUCGCAGGCCACCCAGGCGUGGUGGGCCUACGAGCUGUUUUCGAAGACGACAAGGAGGUGCACCUGGUCAUGGAUCUGUGCGAAGGCGGCGAGUUAUUCGACGAGGUUGUGCGGCUCGGGAGGCUGUCAGAGCGCGACGCGGCGCUGAUUUUCCGACAACUGGCCUCCGGUGUCGCCUUCUGCCACUCGCGCGGCGUGCUCCAUCGCGACCUUAAACCCGAGAACAUCCUCCUCCACAGAUCAGCCCCAUCCGGCGCCGUCCCCGCAUCUCCUGCCGCAGAUUCCGCUCUCGCCGCGCCCCAGUCCCUAGAAUCCCGCGGUCUGACCGCGAAGCUCGCAGACUUCGGCCUUUCGAUCGCUCUGGAUAACGGACGUAUGGGUUACGGUACAGCGGGCUCGCCCUUUUACAUGGCACCCGAGGUACUCACUGGCGAGUACGAAUACGCAGCCGAUGUGUGGUCUCUGGGCGUGAUUCUCUACAUCAUGCUCUGCGGCCGGCCGCCGUUCUGGGGGAAGACCGACGCCGCGGUGUACGAUGCGAUUCUGCGCGGGAAACUGGACUUUUCGGGGCCCGCGUGGGCGGGAGUGUCGGUCGAGGCGCGCAGUCUGAUUCGCUGCAUGCUCCAGAGCGACCCGAGGCGGCGCCCGACGGCGGUGAAGGUGCUGAGUCACCCGUGGGUGCUGCUGCACCUGUACGGUAUCCGCGCUGUGAAGCAAUCCGUUGUUGGUAGCGAAGCGGAGUCGAACAAGAAUCACGUUGCGGUUUCCAAUGGUGCAGCGGCUUCUCCCGCUGCUGUUGGCGCUGCGGCCCAGCGCGCUGCAGCGUGCUGA